AUGAAGCAGCAGAAGAAGGGUCCCCUCUUCCCUGAGUAUGUAGAGGAUGAGGGUCUGCAGCAGCAGCUGCAGCAGCUGCAGCAGCAGCAGCAGCAGCAGCUACUGCAACAAGGCAGCAAGCCUGAUCUAUCAGGUCUAUCUUGUGCUACUUCUUAUAACCCUGAGGAGGUGCUGCAGCGGCUAGGCCUAUCUAUGGAUUUGCUGCCUCAGCGUCAGUUGCUGCUGCAGCAGCAGCAGCAGCAGCAACAGCAGCAGAAGCCGCUGCUGCUGCAGCAGCUAGAAGCAGAAGCAGCAGCAAAAGAAGAAAUUAAAUUAAGAGAAGCAGCACUUGUUGCAGGAGAAAUAGAUCUAGAAAGAGAUGAGAGGGAACACCGUCGCCAAUACAAGCUGCAGCAGCAGCAGCAGCAGCAGCAGCAAGAGCAGCAGCAGCUAAGGGCAGCAGCAGCACACAAGGGGCACAGCCGCCGCCGUCACCGCCGCCGCCGCAGCAGCAGCAGCAAGAGCAGCAACAGCUCAGAUGACAGUGUUAUUAUCGUAGACCCUCCCUCAGCGAGCAGCAGCAGCAGCAGCAGCAGUAGCAGCAGCAGUAGCAGCAGCAGCAGCAUCACUACCAGCAGCAGCAGCAGCAGUUGGCCUUUUGCUGCUGCUGCUGCUGCUGCUGUGUCUCCUGAGGUUGUUAGGCAGCUAGAAGAAGGAGCGCAGCAGCAGCAAACAAUAUGGUCAUUAAAACGCAUGCAAACAGCAGCAACUGCUGCUGAGGGUUUGCUGCUGCACCCUAAGUAUAGACACAGAAGAGGAAAAGGUAUUAAGGGCAUGCAGCAGCAGCAGCAGCAGCAAGCAGCAGCAACCAGCACCAGCAGCAGCAGCAGCAGCGCUGCAGCAGCCGAGUAUGGUACUGCAACAGCAUUUCCUAUAGAGAGGAGGAGGUCAAGGAGGAAGGAGAGAGCAGCAGCAGCAGCAGCAGAAUCUGCUGCUGCUAUUGCUGCUGCAACAGGAGGGGGCCCUACACAACUGCAGCACAAAUUUACUGUAGAUAUAGAUGGACUAGGGAAGCCGCUGCUGUUCGAUGCUGCUGCUGCUGCUGCAGGAGCAGCAGCAAACAGCAGCAGCAGCAGCAGCAGUAGUAGUAGUAGUAGCGAAGGGGAGGAGGACGGCGCAGCAGCAGCAGGAGGAGCAGCAACAGCAGGAAGAGAAUCAAAAAGGGAGCUGCAGCAGCAAGAAGAGGAGCUGCUGCUGCUGCAGCAGCAAGAUCAGCUGCUGCUGCUGUGCAGACAAAAUCCUUAUAAUAUAAAGGUAUGGGUGCUGCUUGUUGCGCUGCAGCAGCAGCUGCUGCAGCAGCAGCAGCAGUUGCUGCUGUCCGAGGUUACAGCUGAGCAGGUGCUGCUGCGGCAGCAGGACGCUCUGGACUUAGCAUGCGGUCAUCAUACAAAUGCUGCUGCUGCUGCUGCUGCUGCAGCUGCUGCUGCUGCAGCAACAGAUACAGCAGCAGCAGCAGCAGCAGCACCGCCAUCUCUUGUUGUAUUAAGACGGCUGCUGCUGCUGCAGCAAACAGGGUCUCCCUUAGCAGCACCAUCAUGGCGCAACACAGCAGCAUUAGUAGGGAAGAUUGCUGCUUCCCUUAAUCCCAGCAGCAGCAGCAGCAGCAGCAGCAGCAGCAGCGACAGCAGCACGGAGACUGCAGUGACACUCGCGCGGUGUCUGUACAGCGCUGCUGCUGCUUCCCCACAAUACUCAGAGAAAUGCAUGCGUUUGCUGCUAGGUGAUUUGCUGCAUGCAGCAGCAGAAACUAUCACACCUCCAGCAGCAGCAGCAGCAGGAACAGCAGCAGCAGCAGCAGCAGCAACAGCAACAGCAGCAAACUAUAAGACAUGUAUAACAAUGCUGCAUGAGGUCCUCUUUGGUCUUGUGCUGCCUAUAGAAGUAAGAGGAGGUCGUGUUGCUGCUGCUGCUGCUGCAGCACAGGCUGUCGUACACUUGGCGCUGCUGCAUGCAGAGCAGCAGCAGCAGCAGCAACAGCAGCAACAGCCGUCCCUCCUGGAUAAGUUAAAGCAAAUAUGGAUGGGGGAGAGCAGCAGCUGCUGCAGGCGAGCAGGGGAGAUUGGCUUCCGCCCUCAGCAGCAGCAGCUGCAGCAGCAGCAGCAGCCGAUAAGCAGCAAGCCUGCUACUGCAGUGUAUACGCAGCUAUGUGAAGCUGUUGAAGGCAGCAUGAUGACGCUGCAGCAGCAACAGCAGCAGCUGCUGCUGCAGUGCGAUGUUGAGUGCGGAGCAAUUGCUAGCCGUGACAGCAGCAGCAGCAGCAGCAGCAACAGCAGCAGCAGCAGAGGUUGUGAUGAUGGGUUUGCUGCCUAUUGUGCUGCAGACUUUGCUGCUAUGCAUUUCUCUUGGCGCGCUGCUGCUGGAGGUCCUACUGCAGCAGCAGCAGCAGCAGCAACAGAAGCAGCAGAAGCAAAUGCAUCUGUACAAGCUGCUGCUGCUGGCAAGGCAGCAGCAGAUGCAGCAAUUGCAGCAGCAACGGAUGCAGCAAAGGUAGGUGAAGCAGCAGCAGCAGCAAGUGCAGCAGCAGAAGUAGCAGCAGCAGAUCCUUCGUUUGCUGCCUUGGAGGCGAUGCGUCGUGCUGCUGCUGCUGCUGCAGCAGCAGCAGAAGCAGCAACAAAGACAGCUGUAGCAGCAAGGGAUGCAGCAGCAGCAGCAGCAGCAGCAGACCUCAAGCUGCCGGCUCCUUAUUGUGUCUCUAGUGACCGCAUGCAGCGGCAGCAGCAAUGGCAGCAGCUGCUGCCUAUCUUGUCUGCUGUUGACUCUGUCUUAUCUGCUGCUGCUGCUGCUGCUGCACCUUUCUGCUGCUGCAGCAGAACGAAGACACCAAGCAGCAGCAGCAGCAGGAGCAACAGCAACAGCAACAGUAAGAUGAGUAUGAGCAGCGCUUCUCCCGUUCCAACUGCAGCAGCACCAGCAGCAGCAGCAGGAGCAGCACCGCGUGCAACAGACACAGCAGCAGCAGCAGCAGCAGCAGCAGCAGCAGCAGGUCCUGCUUACGGAUUAGUUAUAGGAGUUCUUGAUUCUUUAUGUUCUCCUUCUCUGCAUAGAUUCCCCUCUAGUCAUCCGCGCUUGCUGCGCGGAGACACAGCAGCAGCAGCAGCAGCAGCAGAUGCAGCAAAGUUGAGGGCAUUCGUUCUUCUACUGCAGCAGCAGCAGCAGCAACAGCAACAGCAACAGCAACAGCAACAGGAACAGCAGCAGGAAAUGGAGGAUGCUGUUCGUUCAGAAGCCAUGGGUCUAGACAGCAGCAACAGCAACAGCAACAGCAGCAGCAGCAGCAACAGCAGCAGCAGCAGCAACAGCAGCAACAGCAGCAGCAGCAGCAACGGUGCAGUUCCUUUUUCUUUCUUUUGGCCUCUUCCUUCCUUGCUGCCUGCUGCUGAUUCUCCGCUACUGCAGCAGCAGACACGUGCUGCUGCUCGUUGGCUGUUAACACAAAGACGUCUGCGGUGGGCAGUGUUGCGCUCCCAGCAGCAGCAGCAGCAACAGCAGCAGCAGCAGCAACAGCAGCAGCAGCAGCAACAGCAGCAGCAGCAGCAGGAGGAAACAGAGCUUCCUUUAUCUGUACUCCUUGGAGAUGCCUAUACACCGCAAAGCUUAGCAGCAAUAAUUUGUUCACAGGCCCUUCUUGUCUUUCCUGAUGAUCGUUUGCUGCUCUACUGCGCUUUGUGUCUCUGCCCUUCCUCUAAGAUCUUCCGUCUGCUGCUGAAGAGGAACGAAGCAGAACCUGCCUUGUGGCUAACCUUUGCUUCUUCCCUCUUCCUCCAAGCAGCAGCAGCUGACAGCAGCAGCAGCAGCAGCAGCAGCAACGCAGGGACAAAAAAGAAUCCCUCGCAGUUGCUGCUGCAGGGAAGGAAGGUGUUGCUGACUUGCUGCAGUGCUUUUGCUGCUCAUGCGCCUCUUGCUGCUUCCUGGGCCUUCCUCGAGCUAACUACUGCUGCUGCUGCAGAGGCAGCUGCUGCAGAUGCUGCUGCAGCAGCAGCAGCAGCAGCAGCAGAUGGGCCCAGGGAGUACCAACAGGAGCAGCAGCAACUGGGUAUUUUACCACCGCUGUUUUCCUUUGGUUGGUCAUGGGCAGCCUGGAUGGGCAGCAUCAGCAGCGUGUCUCCUCAGCAGCAGCUGCUGCUGCAGCAAGAGGAACAGCAGCAGCAGCAGCAACAGCAGCAGCAGCGGGAAGCUUUACUGCCUUUUGAGGGAUGGGGAGUUCCUGCUGCUGCAGUGCAUGUAGCCAUGUGCUCAGCUAAUCGAUCUUUUGCUUCUCUUAAUCCCUCCUCUCCUGCUGUUCCUCAGCAGCAGCAGCAGCAGCAACAGCAACAGCAGCAGCAGCAAGAUGCUGCUGCUGCUGCUGCUGCUGCUGGUUCUGGUGAAUUAGAUGAAGACACAGCUUCAGGCAGCAACAGCAGCAACAGCAGCAGCAACAGCAGCAGCAGCAGCACAACUGCACUAGCCCGUUGGGGUUUGUGCAGCAGCAGCGAGGCAGCAAGAUGCGAGGAAUUGCUGCUGUCUUUUGUCUUGGUGUUGCUGCUGUCUGUAAGCGGUGGACCAGGAGGAGUCAAUGCAUCAGCAGCAGCAGCAGCAACAGCAGCAGCAGCAGCAGCAGCAACAGCAGCAGCAGCAGGCGAGGAAGGGGAGAUACUGCUAAAGGCAGCAGAUUUUAUGUUGCGACGUUUUCCUUCUAAUCCUUUCUUUCUUGCGGUGUAUACGCAGCUACUGCUGCGGCGGGGAGUUCGGGGGAAACGAGCUGUGCGUUCUCUAUACAAGGAGUUGCUGCUAGGACCUGAGUAUCCUGUUGUUGCUGCUGCUGCUGGGGCAGCAGGAGCAGCAGCAGAAGCAGCAGCAGCAGCAGCAGCAGCAGCAGCAAGAAAAAAGCCUCCUUGUUGGUGGCCAUCUGCUGCAACAUUAGAGGGCGCUUUCUUAGCUGAAUGGCUAAUUGCUGCUAAGGCAGCAAAACCUGUUACUCAAUGGUACGUCAGCAGCAGCAGCAGCAGCAGCAGCAGCAGCAACAGUAGCAGCAGCAGCAGCAGUAGCAGCAGCAGUAGCAGCAGCAGUAGCAGCAGCAAUAGCAGCAGCAGCAGCAACGCAAGACAUGGCAUAAAUGGUACACUCCUAGCGAAUCUCUGUGAGGGAUUGUGUGGGGCCCCACAGCAGCAGCAGCAGCAGGAGCAGGAGCAGCAGCAGCAGCAGCAGGAGAGACUGCAGCAGGAGACUAGCCUAAUGCAAGAAAGACUUGUGCAGGCUGUUUGUGAGUCUCCUUUCUCUAAGAGGUUAUGGUUGUUGCUGCUGCAGGUGCAGCAGAUAAGAAGAAGACAAGAAGCAGGAGCAGCAGGAGGAGCAGCAGGAGGAGCAGCAGGAGGAGGAGCAGCAGCAUUAACAGGAGGAGCAGCAGCAGCAGAAGAUAUUGUGCUGCUGCUUGCUGAUGCACUGCAGCGGGGAAUUUAUUUUUUUGCUGAUCCUCUUGCUGCUGCUGCAUUCCCUUAA